AUGUCUCUCUUUCUCUAUUCUUGUCCCUCUUCUUUUUUUCGUGUUUCGUCUCGUCUUUUCCCUUUUCUUUUUCUUCUCUAUGUCUCUCUUUCUCUUUUUCUUGUCCCUCUUUCUUUUUUUUCGUGUUUCGUCUCGUCUUUUCCCUUUUCUUUUUUCUCUAUGACUCUCUUUCUCUUUUUCUUGUCCCUCUUCUUUUUUUUUUCGUCUGUUUCUUUUCCCUUUUCUUUUUCUUUUCUUCUCUUUUUUCGUGUCUCUCUUUUUUUUUUUGUCCCUCUUCUUUUUUUUUCUUGUUUCGUCUCGUCUUUUCCUUUUCUUUUUUCUUGUCCUUUCUCUUUUCUUGUCCCUUUCUUUUUUUCGUGUUUCGUCUCGUCUUUUCCUUUUCUUUUUCUUUCUCUAUGUCUCUCUUUUCUUUUCUUGUCCCUCUUCUUUUUCUUUUCUUGUCCCUCUUUUCUUUUUUUUUCGUGUUUCGUCUCUUCUUUUUCCCUUUUCUUUUUUCUUUUUUCUUCUCCUUUGUUUCUUCUCUUUCUCUUUUUCUUGUCCCUCUUCUUUUUUUUCGUGUUUCGUCUCGUCUUUUCCCUUUUCUUUUUCUUCUCUAUGUCUCUCUUUUUCUUUUCUUGUCCCUCUUCUUUUUUUUUCGUGUUUCGUCUCGUCUUUUUCCCUUUUCUUUUUUCUUCUCUAUGUCUCUCUUUCUCUUUUCUUUCCCUCUUGUGUUUCCUCGUCUUUUCCCUUUUUUCUUUUCUUUCUCUAUGUCUCUCUUCUCGUCUUUCCCUUUUCUCUUUUCCUUUUCUUUUUUCGUGUCUAUCUUUUCUUUUUUUUUUUUUUUUUUCUUUUUCGUUUUUUCUCUUUGUUUUUUUCUUGUCCCUCUUCUUUUUUUCGUGUUUCUCUUCUUUUUUUUUUUUUCGUCUCGUCUUUUUUCUUUUCUUUCCCUCUUCUUUUUCUAUGUCUCUUUUUCUAUUCUCUGUCCCUCUUCUUUUUCGUGUUUCGUCUCGUCUUUUCCUUUUCUUUUCUUCUCUAUGUCUCUCUUUCUCUAUUCUUGUCCCUCUUCUUUUUUUCGUGUUUCGUCUCGUCUUUUCCCUUUUCUUUUUCUUCUCUAUGUCUCUCUUUCUCUUUUCUUGUCCCUCUUCUUUUUUUCGUGUUUUGUCUCGUCUUUUCCCUUUUCUUUUUCUUUCUCUUUUUUCUUGUCCCUCUUCUUUUUUUGUUUUUCGUCUCUCUUUUCUUUUCUUUUUCUUGUCUCUCUUUUCUUUUCCCUUUUUUUUUUCGUGUUUCGUCUCGUCUUUUCCCUUUUUCUUUUUCUUCUCUAUGUCUCUUUUCUCUUUUCUUGUCCCUCUUUUUUUUUCGUGUUUCGUCUCGUCUUUCCCUUUUCUUUUUUCUUCUCUAUGUCUCUCUUUCUCUUUUUGUCUUGUCCUCGUCUUUUCUUUUUUUUUUCUUCGUGUUUCGUCUUGUCCCUCUUCUUUUUUCGUGUUUCUUUUUUUUUCUUUUCUUUUUAAAAUCUAUGUCUCUCUUUUCUCUUUUUCUUGUCCCUCUUCUUUUUUUUCGUGUUUCGUCUCGUCUUUUCCCUUUUCUUUUUCUUCUCUAUGUCUCUCUUUCUCUUUUUCUUGUCCCUCUUCUUUUUUUCGUGUUUCGUCUCGUCUUUUCCCUUUUCUUUUUCUUCUCUAUGUCUCUCUUUCUCUUUUCUUGUCCCUCUUCUUUUUUUCGUGUUUUGUCUCGUCUUUUCCCUUUUCUUUUUCUUCUCUAUGUCUCUCUUUCUCUUUUCUUGUCCCUCUUCUUUUUUUCGUGUUUCGUCUCAAAUUCUUUUCCCUUUCUCUUUUCUUUUCUUGUCCCUCUUCUUUUUUCUCUCUUUCUCUUUUCUUGUCCUCUUUCUUCUUUUUUUUUUUUUUCAUUUCGUCUCGUCUUUUCCCUUUUCUUUUCUUCUUUUUUUUCUCUUUUCUUUUUUCUUGUCCCUCUUCUUUUUUUUGUUUCGUCUCGUCUUUUCCCUUUUUCUUUUUCUUCUCUAUGUCUCUUUUCUCUUUUCUUGUCCCUCUUCUUUUUUUCGUGUUUCGUCUCGUCUUUUCCUUUUUCUUUUUUUCUCUAUGUCUCUUUUCUCUUUUCUUGUCCCUCUUCUUUUUUUUUUCGUUUCGUCUCGUCUUUUCCCUUUUUUUUCUUCUUAUGUCUCUUUUCUCUUUUCUUGUCCUCUUCUUUUUUUUUUCAUUUCGUCUUUUUCUUUUCCUUUUCUUUUCUUGUCUCUCUUUUCUUUUCUUGUCCCUCUUCUUUUUUUUCUUGUUUCCUCUUUUCCUUUUUUUUUUUUCUAUGUCUCUUUUCUUUUUCUUGUCCCUUUGUUUUCUCUUCUUUUUCCUUUUAUUUUCUUCUCUCUGUCUCUCUUUUCUUGUUGUCCCUCUUCUUUUUUUCGUGUUUCGUCUCGUCUUUUCCUUUUCUUUUUUUUCUUCUAUGUCUCUCUUUGUCUUUUUUUGUCCCUCUUUUUUUUUGUUUCUUCUUUUUUUUCGUGUUUUUUUUUGUCCCUCUCUUUUCUCUCUUUUUCUUUUUUUUCUUUCCCUCUUCUUUUUUUUGUCCUUUUCUCUUUUCUUUUCCUUUUUUCUUUUUUUUCCUGUUCUCUUUUUCUUUCUUUCCCUCUUCUUUUUUUCGUGUUUCUCUCGUCUUUUCCUUUUUUUUUUCUUCUCUAUGUCUCUCUUUCUCUUUUCUUGUCCCUCUUCUUUUUUCGUGUUUCGUCUUUUCUUUUCCCUUUUCUUUUUCUUCUUGUCUGUCUUUUCUCUUUCUUGUCCCUCUUCUUUUUUCGUGUUUCGUCUCGUCUUUUCCUUUUCUUUUCUUUUCUCUCUUUAUGUUCUUGUCCCUCUCUUUUUGUCCCCUUCUCUCGUCUUUUUUUUUCGUUUUUCUCUCUCGUCUUUUCCCUUUCUUUUUUUCUUCUAUAGCUUUUCCCUUUCUCUUUUUUUUCUUCCUCUCUUUUUUUUCUCUUUUUCUUUUCUUGUCCCUCUUCUUUUUUUUUCUUGUCUUUUUUUUUUUUUCGUCUUUCAUCGUCUUUUCCCUUUUUCUUUUUUCUUCUCUAUGUCUCUUUUCUUUUCUUGUCCCUCUUUUUCGUGUUUCGUCUCGUCUUUUUUUCUUUUUUUUCUUUUCUCUCUCUUUCUCUUUUCUUGUCCCUCUUCUUUUUUCUUCUUCUUCUCUUUCUUUUUUUUCUUUUUCUUUUCUUGUCCCUUUGUCUUUUCUUUUUCUUUUUCUUUUUGUCUCGUCUUUUCUUUUUUUUUUUUUUUUUUUUUCUCUGUCUUUCUUUUCUUUUCCCUUUUUCUUUAUUCUUUCUCUUUUCUUGUCCCUUUUUUUUUUUUUUGUUUUUCGUCUCGUCUUUUUUCCUUUCUUUUUUCUUUCUCUAUGUCUCUUUUUUUUCUUUUCUUGUCCCUCUUCUUUUUUUCGUGUUUCGUCUCGUUUUCUUUUCCCUUUUCUUUUUCUUCUCUAUGUCUAUCUUUCUUUUCUUGUCCCUCUUUUUUUUUUUCGUUUCGUCUUUUCCUUCUUUUUUUUUUUCUAUGUCUCUCUUCUUUUUUUUUCUUUUUUCUUUUCCUUUUCUUUUUUUUUUUUCCCGUUUUCUUUUUCGUCUCGUCUUUUCUUUUUCCUUUUUUUUCUUUUUCUCUUGUCUCUCUUUUUCUCUUUUUUGUUGUCCCUUUUUUUUUUUUUUUUGUUUUCUUCUCGUCUUUUCCCUUUUUCUUUUCUUCUCUAUGUUUCUCUUUCUUUUUUCUUUUCUUUUCUUUUUCCUUUUUUUUUUCGUGUUUUUCUCGUCUUUUCCCUUUUCUUUUUCUUUCUUAUGUCUCUCUUUCUCUUUUUCUUGUCCCUUUUCUUUUUUCGUGUUUCGUCUCGUCUUUUCCUUUUUCUUUUUCUUCUCUAUGUCUCUCUUUCUCUUUUCUUGUCCCUCUUCUUUUUUUUCGUGUUUCGUCUCGUCUUUUUCCCUUUUCUUUUUCUUCUCUAUGUCUCUUUUUCUUUUCUUUUCUUUUUUUCCCUUUUUCUUUUUUUUUCUUGUUUCGUUUCUCGUCUUUUCCCUUUUUUUUCUUCUCUAUGUCUUUUCCUUUUCUUUUCUUUUUUUCUUUGUCCUCUUCUUUUUUUCGUGUUUCGUCUCUCGUCUUUUCCCUUUUCUUUUUUUUUCUCUAUGUCUCUUUUCUCUUUUCUUGUCCCUCUUCUUUUUUUCGUGUUUCGUCUCGUCUUUUCCCUUUUCUUUUUUUCUCUAUGUCUCUCUUUCUUUUUCUUGUCCCUCUUCUUUUUUUUUUUGUUUCGUCUCGUCUUUUCCCUUUUCUUUUUCUUCUCUAUGUCUCUCUUUCUCUUUUCUUGUCCCUCUUCUUUUUUUUUCUCGUGUUUCGUCUCGUCUUUUCUCUUUCUCUUUUCUUUUUCUUGUCCUCUUCUUUUUCUUUUCGUCUUGUCUUUUCCUUUUCUUUUUUUCGUGUUUCUUUCUCUCUUCCCUUUCUUUUUUCCUUUUUUUCUUCUUUUUUUCUUCUCUUUUGUCUCUUUUUUUUUCUUUUUUUCUUUUUCUUGUCCCUCUUCUUUUUUUUUCGUGUUUCGUCUCGUCUUUUCCCUUUUCUUUUUCUUCUCUAUGUCUCUCUUUCUUUUUUCUUUCCCUCUUCUUUUUUUUCGUGUUUCGUCUCGUCUUUUUCCUUUUUUUUUUUCUUCUCUAUGUCUCUUUUUCUUUUCUUGUCCCUCUUCUUUUUUUUUUCUCGUCUUUUCCCUUUUCUUUUUUUAAUCUAUGUCUCUCUUUCUCUUUUUCUUGUCCUCUUCUUUUUUCGUGUUUCGUCUCGUCUUUUCCCUUUUUUUUUCUUCUCUAUGUCUCUUUUUCUUUUCUUGUCCCUCUUCUUUUUUUCGUGUUUCGUCUCGUCUUUUUCCCUUUUCUUUUUCUUCUCUAUGUCUCUUUUCUCUUUUCUUGUCCCUCUUCUUUUUUUUCGUGUUUUGUCUCUUCUUUUCCUUUUCUUUUUCUUCUCUAUGUCUCUCUUUCUCUUUUUCUUGUCCCUCUUCUUUUUUCGUUUUUUGUCUCUUCUUUUUCCCUUUUUUUUUCUUCUCUCUUUUCCCUUUUCUUUUUUUCUUUUUUUUUGUUUGUCUCUCUUUUUCCCUUUUCUUUUUUUUUGUCCCUCUCUUCUUUUUUUUGUCCCUUCGUUUUUUUCUUUUCCUUUUUUUUUUUUUUUUUCUAUGUCUCUUUUCUCUUUUCUUGUCCCUCUUCUUUUUUUCGUGUUUCGUCUCGUCUUUUCCCUUUUCUUUUUUUCUCUAUGUCUCUCUUUCUCUUUUCUUGUCCCUCUUCUUUUUUUUCGUGUUUCGUCUCGUCUUUUCCUUUUUUUUUUCUUAUGUCUCUUUUCUCUUUUCUUGUCUCUUUUUUCUUUUCUCUCGUCUUUUCCCUUUCUUUUCUUGUCCCUCUUUCUUUUUCUUGUGUUUCGUUUCUCGUCUUUUUUCCCUUUUCUUUUUCUUCUCUAUGUCUCUUUUUUUCUUUUUCUUGUCCCUCUUCUUUUUUCGUGUUUCGUCUCGUCUUUUCCCUUUUCUUUUUUUCUUCUCUAUGUCCCUCUUUUUCUUUCUCUUUUUUUUUCUCUUUUCCUCUUUUCCCUUUUCGUGUUUUUGUCUCUAUGUCUUUUCUUUUCUUUUCUUUUCUUCUCUAUGUCUCUUUCUUUUCUCUUUUCUUUUCCCUUUCUCUUUUUUUCGUGUUUUGUCCCUCUUCUUUUUUCCUUUUUUCCUUUUUUUUUUCUCUAUGUCUCUCUUUCUCUUUUUCUUGUCCCUCUUUUUUUUUUUCGUGUUUCGUCUCGUCUUUUCCCUUUUUCUUUUUCUUCUCUAUGUCUCUCUUUCUCUUUUCUUGUCCCUCUUUUUUUUCGUGUUUCUUUUUUUCUCGUCUUUUCAUUUUUCUUUUUUUCUUCUCUAUGUCUCUCUUUCUUUUUCUUGUCCCUCUUCUUUUUUCGUGUUUCGUCUUUUGUCUCUUUUUCCCUUUUUUUUUCUUUCUCUAUGUCUCUCUUUCUCUUUUCUUGUCCCUCUUCUUUUUUUUUCGUGUUUUUGUCUCGUCUUUUCCCUUUUCUUUUUCUUCUCUAUGUCUCUCUUUCUCUUUUCUUGUCCCUCUUCUUUUUUUCGUGUUUCGUCUCGUCUUUUCCCUUUUCUUUUUCUUCUCUAUGUCUCUCUUUCUCUUUUUCUUGUCCCUCUUCUUUUUUUCGUGUUUCGUCUCGUCUUUUCCCUUUUCUUUUUCUUCUCUAUGUCUCUCUUUCUCUUUUCUUGUCCCUCUUCUUUUUUCGUGUUUCGUCUCGUCUUUCCUUUUCUUUUCUUCUCUAUGUCUCUCUUUCUCUUUUUCUUUUCCCUUGUCGUCUCGUCUUUUUUUCUUGUUUCCUCUUCUUUUUUCUUUUGUCUCGUCUUUUUCCUUUUUCUUUUUUCUCUAUGUCUCUUUUCUUUUUCUUGUCCCUUUCUUUUUUCUGUUUCGUUUUUUUCCCUUUUCUUUUUUUCUCUAUGUUUCUUUCUCUUUUCUUGUCCUCGUCUUCUUUUUCCUUUUCUUUUUCCCGGUCUUUUUCUUUUUCUUGUCCCUCGUUUUUUCUUUUUGUCUCCAUUUUAUUUUCUUCUUGUUUUUUUUCUUUUUUUCUCCUUCUCUUUUGUCUUUCUUUUCUUUUUUCUCUCGUCCAUUUUUUUUCUUUUUUUUUUUUUUUUUUCCCUUUUUCUUUUUUCUUCUCCUCUUUCUUUUUCUUUUCUGUCUUUUUUUUUUUUCUCGUCUCUUUCUUUUCCACUUUUUUUUUUUCUUUUUUUCAUAUUUAUUCAUGGAUAUAA